AUGACUUACUCUCUUGCCUCUUCGGCUGCACUUCAUGACAGUGAUACCAAAGCCGGCACCUUGAUCGCUACCGACCGCUACGGCAAUAAGUACUACGAAAACAUGGAGGAGGAGCUUCCUCUCCGGACAAGAUGGGUCGAUUACAAGGAGAAGGAAUAUGACCCCUCGCAGAUCGAGCCUGGCUGGCACGCCUGGCUGUCUUACAUGGUGGAUGCGCCUCCCACCCAAGACAAGAUCCUGCAGACUGGCCUCCGCGCUUGGGAAUUGCCUGAGCACAGGCCUAACCUGACUCUCAGCCGUGGCGCUUACAAGACCUACUCGACGUGA